AUGGAAAAUAAUAAAAAUCAAGAUAUUGUUGGAACUCUUGAAGAGUUCCUUAGUAACCCAUUGUGUAUGGCAUCUUAUGAACGUUUAACUAGCAAUAUUAGUGUAAUUGAGAUGAUUCAAACACUAAGCAGUACACAGAAACCAGAAGAAAUUGCAUUGUUAACUGAUUCACUAAAACGUUGUGUAUCUUUGGGAAUAAUUCAAGGUGCAUUAGAAGGAUAUAAUGAUCUUCCUGAAUUACUUGUGACGGGAUCGAAGUCAUCAAGUCAAAAUGUGAGAUCUUUGAUAGCAUACGUUUUCUCAUCUUUAACAGAGUCAGAUACAUCAUGCUUAAAAAUAUGUGAAGAUGGAUCUUAUAUUUCACUAGCUAUUUUAUUAAGAGAUAUAGAGAUGAGUAUUGGUGAAUCAGCAUCCCAAUCCUUAAAAUAUAUUGCAAAAUAUCAUCCAAAAUAUAUUUAUGAUGAAGGAUUUUUAUCAAUACUAAUGAAUAAAUUUAAAGAAUUGAAUGAUGAAACAAGAUUGAGGAUUAUUGGUUUGUUUAUUGAUAUUGGAUCUUUUUCUGAGCAGCUAUUUGAUAUUUGUGAAGAAAAAGGACACUUUUUUACCUUGGCACUGCAAGAAUACUUUACUGAUGAUAUACUAUUAAAAUUAGCAUCAUUAAGAUUACUUGAAGAUUUGGGAGAAUACAAAUAUGGGUUAAAGUUUUUAUAUAAAGAGUCAAUAUCAAUUUUAUUAUUAAAGGAUUUAGAUAAUCCACUGGUUGACGAUGAAGUUAGAAUAGCCAUUUUGUACUUAUUAUCUAAGAUGAUACAAUAUUAUCCAGAGGGUACAGAAAAUAUAUUGAAGUCAUGUAAUAAAGUUUUCUUAUUAACCCUUCAAAAUUUCAUGGCAUCAUCUAAUAACAUCCAUGCACUUGGAAAGCCUGUAUGUGCAAUAACUUGUUGGGGACUAAUUUCCUGCCAUGAGACUAGUUUUAAGAUAUUAUCUAAUUUAUGGAGUGAAAGCAUCCAAUUGGCAAUUAAAUAUGUUUCUAGUUCAAAUACUGAGUUAUCACUUGCAGCUAUUAAUGCUUGGAUCAUUAUUUUUGAAACAGGAGAUAUUAAAAAUAUACUUAAAAGUACUAAUGAAGAGAUUUGUCUUGAAAAGCAAAUUGAAACUAAACUAAUACCUUCAAUUAUGAGUAUAAUGCUUAGUAGGCCAUUCUCUGAGAUAAGAACUUUAAUAUAUAGAAUACUUGCAACAAUGGUUCCUUUCUUUGGGUCUAUUACAUCAAUUAUAUGUACAUCUCAGCCACAUAGAGAUUUAAUGCUAAAUACUAAUAGUGAUACUGAUAAAGAAGUGAAAUAUCUCAAAUAUAACUUAGUUAAGCUAAUUGUUAAAUAUCAUCUGAACUUGCUUGAGGAUAAAACCGAUGAAUCGUUUAUUAAGUAUAUGCAAGAUUAUGCCAAAGGUGGGCCUUUUUAUAUAAAUCCUAGCUUCCAAGUAGAUAUUGCUGAUCGUGUCUUAUAA